AUGAGUUGUCAGAUCUCGUGCAAAUCUCGAGGAAGAGGAGGAGGUGGUGGAGGGUUCCGGGGCUUCAGCAGCGGCUCCGCCGUGGUCUCCGGUGGGAGCCGGAGAUCCACUUCCAGCUUCUCCUGCUUGAGCCGCCAUGGCGGUGGUGGAGGGGGCUUCGGCGGCGGAGGCUUCAGCAGUCGGAGUCUUGUUGGCCUUGGAGGGAGCAAGAGCAUCUCCAUUAGUGUGGCUGGAGGAGGUGGAAGCUUUGGCUCGAGUGGUGGAUUUGGUGGCAGAGGAGGAGGCUUUGGAGGCGGCUUUGGAGGUGGCAGUGGCUUUGGAGGCGGCGGUGGCUUUGGAGGUGGCAGUUUUGGAGGUGGCAGUUUUGGUGGUGGCGGCUUUGGUGGCAGCCGCUUUGGCGGUGGCGGCGGUGGCGGCUAUGGAGGGUUCGGAGGUCCCGGUGGCUUCGGGCCUGGAGGAUACCCUGGUGGAGGAAUCCAUGAAGUCUCCGUCAACCAGAGCCUCCUGCAGCCUCUCAAUGUGAAAGUCGACCCAGAGAUACAGAACGUGAAGUCUCAGGAGCGGGAGCAGAUCAAAACUCUCAACAACAAAUUCGCCUCCUUCAUCGACAAGGUGCGGUUCCUGGAGCAGCAGAACCAGGUUCUGAGCACCAAGUGGGAGCUGCUGCAGCAGCUGGAUGUCGGCACCCGCAGCACCAACCUGGACCCCAUCUUCCAGGACUACAUUGACAGCCUCCAGAAAUAUGUGGACAGGCUGUCUAUGGAAAGAACAUCACAAGAUUCAGAGUUGAACAACAUGGAGGAUCUUGUGGAGGAUUAUAAGAAGAAGUAUGAGGAUGAGAUCAACAAGCGCACGUCUGCUGAGAAUGACUUUGUGACUCUUAAAAAGGACGUGGACAAUGCCUACAUGACGAAGGUGGAGCUGCAGACCAAGGUGGAUGUGCUGAGUCAGGAGGCCGAGUUCCUGAAAGUCCUCUUUGAGGCGGAGCUGUCCCAGAAGCAUGAGACUAUUACUGACACCAACGUCAUCCUCUCCAUGGACAACAGCCGCAACCUGGAUCUGAACGGCAUCAUCGCCGAGGUCAAGGCCCAGUAUGAGGAGAUCGCCCAGAGGAGCAAGACCGAGGCCGAGGCCCUGUACCAGAGCAAGUAUGAAGAGCUCCAGGUCACUGCGGGGAAACACGGUGACACCCUGCGAGAGAUCAAGAUGGAGAUCAGUGAGCUGAACCGCAUGAUCCAGAGGCUGCAAGGGGAGAUUGCCCACGUGAAGAAGCAGUGCAAGAGUGUGCAAGAAGCCAUAGCAGAUGCUGAGCAGCGUGGGGAACAUGCCAUCAAAGAUGCCCAGAACAAGCUGAACGAACUGGAGGAGGCCCUGCAGAAGGCCAGGGAGGACCUGGCCCGGCUGCUGAAGGACUAUCAGGAGCUCAUGAACGUCAAGCUGGCCCUGGACGUGGAGAUCGCCACCUACCGCAAGCUCCUGGAGGGCGAGGAGUGCAGGAUGUCUGAAGACCUCAGCAGCAGUGUAACCGUGUCUGUGACGAGCACCACCGUUUCUUCAAAUGUGGCCUCCAAAGCUGGCUUUGGAGGUGCUGGUUCUGGAGGAGGAAGAGGCUACAGCUCUGGAAGUGGCAGUUAUGGCUCUGGAGGCAGAGGGUCGGGCUCCAGAGGUGGUGGUGGAGGAUACGGCUCUGGUGGUGGUUCUGGAGGAAAAUACAGCUCUGGAGGUGGCUCUAGGGGAGGCUCUGGCUCUGGAGGAGGAUACGGCUCUGGUGGAGGAGGCUAUGGCUCUGGAGGUGGCUCCAGGGGAGGCUCCGGCUCUGGGGGAGGCCAUGGUUCUGGAGGUGGAGGCUCUGGCUCGGUAAAGAGUGGCUCAGGUGAAGGGUUUGUUUCCAGUGUGACCUUCUCCUCUAGAUAA